UUAUAAACUAUUACAAGGUCCUAAAAGCGACGAAAAUGCUGUUCUACAUUUUACUUUGUUUGGUUCACGUUGGACUGCCUUGUCACAUAACAAUUACUGGAAACAAUAACGUAAGUUGUAGCACUGAGUUGGAGAUGAAGGUUAAAGAGCUCGAGUCAAAAGUCAAAAGCAAUGCAUUGAAGACAAAGGUUGAGGAACUUAAAAAUCGUACUGAAGUUAUAGAAAGUAAGAAUAUAGACCUGGAGAUGAAGGUUCGAGAGCUGGAGAGAAAAGUCCAAAGCAAUGCAUUGAAGGCAAAGAUUGAUGAACUGAAGGAACGCAUUGAAAUUAUAGAAAGUCAGAAUAAAGGAUCGUGUGGAAAGAAGAAUCUUGCAUUUAAGAAGACGUGUGGACAAAGUUCUUUCCAUUCAAUCCAUAAAUGUGAUAAGGCUGUCGAUGGAGACCUCAAUAACUUUAUACAUACACAAAUUGUCAUGAAGAAUGGUGCUUGGCAAGGGGAAAGUUACCCGUACUGGUGGGUUGAUCUGAAAAGCAGUUGUUUAAUAAAAAAAAUCAGAAUAUACAACAGGAAAGAUUGCUGUGGCAAUAGACUCCGGAAUGCAGAAGUUACCAUCGGAAAUUCAUUAUCUAGUAUGAAAUUGUGUGGGUAUUAUAAAGGUCCAGCUGCAAACGGAGAAAUUGUAAACAUAUCCUGCAGAGAACCAAAGGUAGCACGUUACGUCAAGGUGAUGAUAAAGGAAAAGACUAUCGAAGAAACGGUGGUUAAUUUUGCUGAAGUCGAAGUGUUCUCUUAGAAAAUAAAAAAAAAAAUAUCUGAGAUACCUAAA